CAACAUUUACUGGGCCGAGCUAAAUCACCUUAUAAGCCCAACCCUAAUCCACUAAACUGUACUAUAAAUUCUCUAGGGUUUUCCCAUUCUCCACUCCUUUAUACAAAGCACGCAACUCACAGGCGAGAGAGCAAAACUCUUCUCCUUUAAGGUGAAUUUGUGCGAGGAAGAGAAGUAGAAGAAGAAAAAUGGACGCAGGUGUUGUAGCUGCUACUAUUCCUGCUGAUGGAAGCCUAGAGAGUAAGGUUCAUACUGAUGUUAUGCUGUUCAACCGCUGGAGUUAUGACGGUGUUGAGAUCAAUGACAUGUCUGUUGAGGAUUACAUCACAGCAACCGCUAACAAGCAUCCAGUUUACAUGCCACACACAGCUGGUAGAUACCAGGCCAAGCGUUUCAGGAAGGCUCAGUGCCCAAUUGUUGAGAGGCUCACCAAUUCUCUCAUGAUGCAUGGUAGGAACAACGGGAAGAAGCUGAUGGCUGUUCGCAUUAUUAAGCAUGCAAUGGAGAUCAUUCAUUUGUUGACAGACCAAAACCCAAUUCAAGUCAUUGUUGAUGCUGUUAUCAACAGUGGGCCAAGGGAAGAUGCUACUCGUAUUGGUUCAGCUGGUGUUGUCAGACGUCAAGCUGUGGAUAUUUCUCCCCUUCGCCGUGUUAACCAGGCAAUCUAUUUGCUGACAACUGGUGCUCGUGAGAGUGCUUUCAGGAACAUCAAGACCAUUGCUGAAUGCCUUGCUGAUGAACUCAUCAAUGCUGCUAAAGGUUCUUCAAAUAGCUAUGCCAUUAAGAAGAAGGAUGAGAUUGAAAGGGUUGCGAAGGCCAAUCGUUAAGAGAUUGUUGAUGUUGGAGCACCUUUUACAAGAGAGAUUUUGGUUAUGCUGUUUUCUCGUUUCUGUUUUCGUCUAGGCAUUAUAGCACUUGCUAUUCCCUGUGGAUUUAGUUUCUUGGAGGAUUUAUAUUUGGUAUUGCUAUAAAUGUUAAAUUUUGGAGUUCCUUUA